GUGUGUGUGGAAAAGUAAAAUAGGUGACUUUAUGGAUAUUUUUCCAGUUUAGUGUUGACGAAGAAGUUGAAUUGGCAGUUGUUAGGGAUCGAUCAUUAAGGAGUGUUGAAGGUGUGUGUGAAGACAUACAUUAAUUAAAAUUAUUAUCCAUGGUGGCGUUGGUGUCGGUUUUGGUCUUCACUAAUCUGCUCCUCCACGUAGCAUCACUCCCUCAAAAUUCUUCCCAACCCAUUACUGAUGCUCAUCAAGCGAAAGCUCUGAACUCCAUAUUUAGACAAUGGAAUAUAUCGGCGGCGGGGAAUGCAAGUAUAUUCAGGACGGGAGAUGUAGUUUUAAAGGAGGGUUGGAAUAUCAGCGGCAACCUCUGCACUGGGACCGCUGUCGAUAAGAGAAACAUCGAGAAUUCAACAUACAGCCCUUUGAUUAAAUGCGAUUGCUCUGGAUCUACUUGCCAGAUUACCCACCUGAAGGUUUCUGGAUUGAAUGUUGCUGGUGUACUCCCACCCGAGCUAUGGAUGCUGACUUCCCUCACCUAUCUGAAUUUGGAGAAAAAUUUAUUGUCAGGAACACUGUCGCCAUCUGUUGGUAAUCUAACGCAAUUGCAUACCUUGAGCAUUAAAAUCAAUAAAUUAUCAGGAAAACUUCCAAAGGAACUUGGACAGCUUGCCAACCUGAGAUUCUUGGCCUUUGGGACCAACAAUUUCUCUGGUACCUUACCAUCAGAGCUUGGAAAUCUUUUUGGGCUAGAGGAACUGUACUUUGAUAGUUCUGGAGUUCAAGGUGACAUUCCCACAACAUUUUCAAAUCUAACAAAUUUGCGGACAGUAUGGGCAUCAGACAAUGAUCUCACCGGAGAAAUACCUGGAUUCAUUGGGAGUUGGUUAAAACUCACAACUUUGAGGUUUCAAGGAAACUCUUUCACAGGGCCAAUACCGUCUACAUUUUCAAAUUUGACAGCUAUGAAUGAGUUGAGAAUAGGUGAUAUACCAAAUGGGGGCUCCUCCCUAGAAUUUAUCAGGAAUAUGACGUCUUUGCAUACCCUAGUUUUGAGAAAUAAUAAAAUAUCAGAUUCAAUUCAUUCCAACAUUAGAGAGUUUGGAGAAUUGAGGCUGCUAGACUUGAGUUUUAACAAGUUUAAGGGAGAAAUUCCAGAGUGGCUUUUCAAAUUGAAUAAGCUGUCAUACUUGUCUCUUGGAAACAACAAGUUAACGGGUAGACUACCUUCAGAGAAGUCUGACUCUCUUCUUUUUAUAGACUUAUCAUACAAUGGUUUAUCAGGGAUCUUUCCUGGCUGGGUGGAUGAUUCAACCUUACAGUUAAAUUUAAUUGCCAACAGCUUCACGUCAGGAAGUGUGAAAAGCAGCCAUUUGCAUUCGGGUCUGAACUGUCUUCAACGAGAAUUUUCUUGUAAUGAAGAUUCUGAUCUCCGUGAGUUAAAACCUAGUUUUGGGAUCAACUGUGGAGGUCCAAAAUUUGUGAGUGCCUCUGUGGGCGAGUAUGAAAGGGAAAAUGAGAUUGUUGGUGCAGCUUCAUAUUAUGUUAGUGAUUCAGAAACUUGGGCUGUUAGUGAUGUUGGAUACUUCCCUAAAGACACCAAAAACUCUAGCAGUUAUAACAGAGACAAUGGCAAGACAAUACAUAUUGCAAAUACAAAUGGCUCGGAACUUUUUCAGACACAAGAAUUAUCCACUUCAUCAUUGAGAUUUUACGGAUUAGACCUUGAAAACGGGAACUACACUGUGACCCUUCAUUUUGCAGAACUAGCUUUCCCAAAUUUAUCUACAUGGAGCAGCCUUGGGAGGCGCAUCUUUGAUAUUUAUAUUCAGGGGAACCUUGUCCACAAGGAUUUUAGUAUUCAAAAUGAGGCAGGUGGGUCUUUUCGUGCUAUUUCAAAGCCAUUUAAGGCACAAGUUUCAAAGAACUACAUGGAAAUUCAUCUUUUUUGGGCUGGGAAAGGUACUUGCUGCAUACCUGAAGAAGGUACUUUUGGUCCUUCAAUUUCAGCAAUCAUUGCAAGUCUAGAUUCAGAACCUGUAAGUAAUGAGAAGAAUGGAACCAGUCAAAUAAAGGGGACUAGUAGUAAGAAGAAUGGAGCCAGUCUAAUAGUGGGGAUUGUUGUUGGUGUAGGAUCUGUUUGCUUUCUAAUUGUCAUAAUUUCCAUUCUUUUCCAUAGAAGGAAAGGUCGUUCCUCUGAAGACGAAGGUAAUUAAAAAUAAUUACAUCAGAGU